AUGAAUCAUGCAACUAAGAACAUCGCUGUAUUUAAACAGGCAAACAAUCCCACUUUCAAACCGUCUCCGCUUUCGUUUGGCAGCCCGCGGGCAUCGCCCUUCCGUCGACCUUCCACCCCCAGUUCUCCGCCCUCCGCUCGCGGAGGAACCCCAGGAAGCUCACCAAGCAGAGGAUAUACGCCGGUGCAGUCGCCUAGUAAACUCAAUCAGUCGUACACAGUCGAAGAGGGCGAAAUCUCGCCAAGAGCCCCCAUUCCCCAGCCUAAAUUUACGCGCGAACUUCCUCCAUCCCCGACCAAGGGCUCUGCGUCACCAGGCCACACGUCGCCAAUCCUCAACAGAUCGAAUGGGAGAAUUGGCGCAGAGGUAGAUGCCGUGUCGAAGCUACCGGCAAAUCAAGUUAGGGAGAUCCGAGAGGCCUUCCAGGUCCUUGACAGAGACAAUGAUGGUUUAGUCAAUAAGGAUGAUGUCGCUGACGUUCUAAUAAGCUUGGGCCAAGAUGCCUCUGCACCGGCUCUUUCACGAUUCUUCCCGCCCGGUGCUGGCCAGACCAUUAACUUUGCGACCUUUAUGAACACCCUGUCGCAAUUGAUGUCUCCGAUGUCAUCUGCCCAAGAGCUCAGCAAUGCGCUAGCGGCAUUUGACGACGACGACAAUGGCCAGAUUGACGUAGCAGAACUACGAGACGCGCUCCCUACAUACUGCGCCUGA